GAAAAAGGAUUCUUUAUUCGAAAAUUGAAGGCAUCGAAUAUCAGUUGAAGGAAUAUCCAGAAGUCAUUAAUUUAAAGAUACCGACAAAUAUUUCACAAAUAAUUCGAAAUGUGGAUGCAGAUUGUAACUUUUUUGCAACAGUUGUUGAUACGACAAAGUCAAGUGGAUUUUUUACCUGUCAAAUAUUAUGUCCAUCAAUGGCGGAACCUAGACUUGUAAUUCAUUGUACUCAUAGAAGGUUUAAAAAGCGUCAAUGCAAAUUAAAAAUACGAUGGAUGAAAAUCUUUUGCGUUAGUGCGUCAACAAAGUUGCAUAAUGAAUCUUUGGAUAUUGGGCGUGAUACAACGGAGAAAGAUCUUUUUUUUGGAAUUCCUACAUUAAGUACACUAGAUUCUUCAAAUAAACGUCUCAUAAUAGGACAUUAUUUUAAAAAUAGUUAUGACAAUUUGCCUAGCUUUACUUUUUAUACGCUUGUAAUUUCAAAUUAUUACAACCAAAAUACUUACGGUACACUAAAUUUUCAAAAAAACCUCUUCAAAAAUCCAUAUAUAGAAUUUCGCAAAGAUUCUACUAAUUCUCUAAAACCAAAAUAUGUUAGCUUAUAUUUCACGGUUGAGAACAAUUAUGGUCCAAUUUUUCUGAAACAAAACAUUUAUCGAUUUCGAAUCAAAGAUAUUAUUUGUAAGAGUAAAGAUUGUACUAUUUGUAUAAACAAAACAAAGAUUUCAAAAAAAAAACUUACACGUUACUUCGAUCCAUACGAAAGUGAUGAUACUCCAAAUAUAUUAUCAUAUAAAGAUGAAGAUAAUUUGGCCAAGGUUAAAUCAUUCUCUAUUCCAUCCAGACAUAGUACUUCUGCUAGCAUAAAAUCACAAAAUUCUAAAUCAAUGAUUGAAUUACCUAUUUCAUCAUUGCUAAUUACGGAUAUUAAGAAGACAACAAUAAAAUUAACUUCUGAUAAGCAACAAAUGAUUCGACAAUUUAAAUUAAAUCAUGGCCUAUUAUUAAAUGGAACUAGUAUACAACCAAGUAAACAAGCUUUUGUUAACAAUAUCUGUUUUGAUUUUGAUAUAAGUUUAUUUGAAGAAGAACCUAUAGUUUAUACUAGAAUAAAUGAUGUUGAUUGUAGUAAAAAAUUAUCCGAAAUUUGUAUUAAUUUUCCGAUUGCUGAAAUCAAUUACAAGGGUGAUUAUCAGUUGGAAUCUGUUUUAAAAUAUACUGUUGAUAAAAUAAAGUUACAAGACAUAUAUGGUCAUUUCCUUGCAAGAAAAUUCUUAGUCGGUGGUCAAUUGUUCAUCAAGGGUAUUGAUUCAUCUGCUACAACGCAAAUCGAUAAAUAUUCCAGAAAUAAUUCAUUUGAUUUGAAUCUUCUACCAAGAAUUGAAACAUUAGAUGGGAAAAAACUAUCUUCUCAUGAAGAAUUAUCCAAUUGGAUGAAUAAUUUGUAUCAGAAGAAAGAGAUUGAAAUAAUUUCUUAUGAAAAUCUCAUUUCCAUUUCUCAAUUAACGGAAAGCAAAUCACAACCCGGUAUCGCAAAUUUUGACGAGAAGUUAAAUUUAGAAGAAUGGAUUGGCGGUUCAUUGCAUGAUAACUUAAUGAGUUGGGCUAGUAACUUUCACCUUUUUCAGGGAUUAAUAUUUAAUGGAAAUAAUGAAAUAGAAAUCAGCAAGAAAAGCGCCAUUAAAUUUAUUAAUGAACUUCUUAAAGUUAAUAAAAGUGAUAGAAAUUAUUUGAAAGUGAUCAAGCCUUCAACAAAAUUAGAAGUUAAUUUGAUCUCUAAUAAUAUUCUUACAAUUAAAAAUUUAAAUUCUUUUCCAUUUAUCAAAACUAUAGUUAAAAGUUAUGGAAAUUAUAACCAUGUACUUAUCAAAUUUGAAGAAUGCGAAAUUUUCCUAAAUAAAUAUAAUAUAAAACCUACCAAAGAAUUUGAAGAAGCAAUAGAACAAGCACUUGAUAAUAUGAAUCCAUUUGAACUUUACAAAACAUAUUUGAUGAAUAUGGAAUUACUGAUUUACGGGAUAGAUAACAAUAAUGGUGAUGAGUAUUAUAAACGUAUAAAUGUGGAACCAAGAUUGAAAGAUGAUGAUUAUAGAGUAUUUGGAUCAAUUAUUUCAAAAAAUUAUUCAAAAUUGAAAGAGUUUUGCAUUAAUUUUGGAAUAUAUGAGUUUAACGGAUUUUAUGCAAUAAUAAGAAAAUUGAUAGAUACGAGUAUCAAUAUAACAGAAUGUUAUGUUUUAUGGAUGAUUGUUGGGAAACCUUCAAAAUUAUCAACUUUUAGUCCGAAGAAUCGGGAAUGCAAAAUCAAAUGUUUUGAAAAAUCUAUUACAUACAAACCUAAUAAAUCAAACUAUUACAUCGAGCUAUCUCUUGAAUUAUCUCAGGGACGUGUUAUUUUCGUUAAUAAAUAUAAUUUUUUAACGAAUUAUGAACAUAUUAAAUUAGUUUCGUGGAAAAAUAAAGCUAUUAAUGUUCAAAUAGUCAAAGCAACAGAUAUAUCUAUUGAUAUAAUUUUAUCUUUUUGUAUUCUAACUUCAAAUCAUGUAAAGUUGAAAAUUGAUAACGGGAAUGAAGUAAUUUCUGAAUGUUCCUUCGACCUACUUGGAUAUAGUUUUACAGAAGGUUCAAUUGAAUCACCUCUUUCAUCGCUGACUGUGGAUACCAAAGUAGAAACAAAAAGGCCAGAUAACAAAACAAAUGAAUAUCUUCUUGUAAUGCAAUAUGCUGAUGGAGGCGACCUUCGCAAAUAUCUUCAUAUUAACUUUCAUACAUUAUAUUGGCAUGAUAAAAAAAGAUUAGCGUUCCAAAUUGCGGAAGGAUUAAAUUACCUACAUAACGAAAACAUUCUACAUAGGGAUCUGCAUUCUAGGAAUAUAGUUAUACAUGAAAAUAAUGCUAAAAUUACAGAUUUUGGAAUUUCUAAAUAUGACAAUAAUCAAAGUUCUACCAUUCAUUAUAGUAACUUUGAAAUUUCUAGUGGACGUCCUCCAUUUAAAGAUUGCAAUAAAAUUGCUCUUGCUGGUUCUAUUGUCAAUAACGGAGCUCGUGAAACUACUGAACCAAAUACUCCCAAAGAUUAUGAAAAAUUUUACCAGAAAUGCUGGGAUCAAGAACUUGAACGAAGAACUACCAUAGAUGAAGUAUUGGAAGAAUUUAAAAAGCUAGAUUUUGGAAAUAUAAUAAAAAAUGAGAAUGAAAGUUCUUCAGAAUCAUAUCG